GCCCUGGGUUCCUCAGUUCACAAUCACCUCAAGAAGAACCUUCUCCUGCCUCCACCAAACCAGGCUCCCUGACCUCCUGCCCAGAUGUCCUGCCAGCAGAACCAGCAGCAGUGCCAGCCUCCGCCCAAGUGCUCCUCACCCAAGUGCCCUGCAAAGAGCCCAGCACGGUGUCUGCCUCCAGAUUCCCCCGGCUGUGCCCCAAGCUCUGGAGGCUGUGGCCCCACCUCCGAGGGUGGCUGCUGCCUGAGUCACCACAGAUGCCGCAGAUCCCACCGUUGCCGGCGCCAGACCUCCAACUCCUGUGACAGGGAAAGUGGUCAGCAAGGCAGGGGCUCCAGCUGUGGCCACAGUUCUGCGGGCUGCUGCUGACCUGAGCCACCAGAUUAAGUAAAAACAUUUGAGAAAAGAAAGUGCCAAAAUGACUGGAACUAGCCCUAGCCUGGUGCAUCUUUGCUCCUGUCCCCUCUUUCUUACUGAGGUGUUCCUUGAAGAGUUUCAGAUACUCCCCCCAGGGGAUUUAUCCUGCUGGUCUCAGUGUUUCCCAUCCUUCUUUAAUAUCCUUGUGCU